AUGCAUGGCACUGGGGAGGCAACACGAAGAGCAGGGGUCCGGGCACAGCGCCAGGGAAAAGCUAGAGGCCCGAGGGUCUUGAGGCCAUGUGUGCCCACCCAGGAGUCUUGCGAGGAGCGUCAGGAGGCGAGCAGGCGCACUCGGUGCGGGGAUCAGCGGGGCACAAGCUCUGCAAGUCAGCGGGUGCUGGCAGGUGCGCGCCUCCUCCGCGCAGCCGCCGCCCUCUGCUGGCAGCGAGCGGGAGUGGCCGGCCCGCGGUGCCACGCACACGUCCAGUUCACGCGUCCAGUGCACACGUCCAGCUCACGCGUCCAGUGCACACGUCCAGUUCACACGUCCAGCGCUCACGUCCAGCGCUCACGUCCAGCACACGCGUCCAGCGCACACGUCCAGCACACGCGUCCAGCGCACACGUCCAGCACACGCGUCCAGCGCUCACGUCCAGCACACGCGUCCAGCGCUCACGUCCAGCACACGCGUCCAGCGCUCACGUCCAGCACACGCGUCCAGCGCACACGUUUAGCUCACGCGUCCAGCGCUCACGUCCAGCACAUGCGUCCAGCGCACACGUCUAGCUCACGCGUCCAGCGCUCACAUCCAGCUCACACGUCCAGCGCACACCAGCUGCCCCACGGCAUCGCCCACCUGUGCGACACUCCCGCCUGUGAGGGUCCUGUGCCCGUGGGAGCCCAAUAG